AAGGAAUGGAGCCAAUUGGUCGUGACAAUACUCGAAGUGAACGUCUUGACUUUGCAUAUUUAAUGAGUGCACCUGCAGAACAAUUAAUGUAGCUUUAAUUUACAAACGUCUAACACACCGAUACAGCGUCAGUAAAUAGUCCCUUCAAACGGCAUAAAUAGCGUGUGACUUUGGCACAGAACUGAAUAUAUCCGAACGCCUUUGUCGUCAGAGGACGAGUGCGCGGAGAACGUAUUGCGAAAUUAUCAAAGUGAACAUUUGGCACAGUUUUCCUCCGCCUUAGGGAUUUUCUUGCACAACUUUGCCGUUUACAUUUAUUUUUUCGAAUUUCUAAAUGUUGGAUUCGGGAAUGGCCGCGAAAUCGAAGUUUAACGAUCCACACCUGGUUAACUUAUCGGAUGAUGGUCGUGCUGUCAGCCGAAAGGAAGAUCAAUCCACAGCUGGAAGUUCUCUUCUAAACUUUAUGAACUUGGCGUCCGGGAACGUAAAGACCGCCUUAGAAAAACCAGCCAACUUUAAAAGGAACAUUAACCACCGCAGGUAUCUUCAAAAACAGCUGCGGAAUUAUUCAAAGCGGAAGAACGACAUAACCACAAAGAAACCCAAAGACGUUCUUAAGCAUAAAACUCACAGCUUACACGGUGACAAACAUGGCACGUCGAGGAAUUCUUCAAGGCAAGAAGGGAGUUCUAAAAGAUCUGAACGGACUGUAGAAGCUGUCAACUUCGAGAAAUCCUCACUUCGGGAAAGGAACCUUCCCCCUUCAUUCUGGCAGGAACCUGUCAUUCCAGACGGAACAGAGACGUACAUGUAUCCAAUGUAUCCCUUGCAAGCCAGGGCCGGAGAAUCGGAAGACCCUUACAACCCCGUUUUCGAAAGUUACUUCGAAGGUUGGAACGAAUGUUUAACAAGGGAAAUCCCCGUUGAAGAACUGUCACAAAGUGGAUCUGCACUUUCUGUUUCAUCCGAAGAAACCAAUUGUGAUGAUUUCAUGACGGGAGAAGAACUUACUCGUAGUAUUGACAUUAAAGAUCUGUAUGUACCCGAACUUUAUUUAACAGAUAAAAGCCCGCUAGAGUCAUCUCAAGGGGAGAGCCUUUACCUGGCACCUAUCUCACCCACUCAGUAUGUCCUGACUCCUACAUCUUGCUCAGAUCAGGCAUAUUUUAAUUUUUCGUUUGAUCACGACCCAUCGGGUUUACCGCCAUUUGCCAUGGCUUUUCUUAGUCCGGGUACCCUAACGCAAUACUAAUCUUCGUUCGUCAUAGAUCUAAUGUCACAUAAAAUAGGUGACAAUUAUGAAAAAAAUUGUGGUCAUAGUAGUAAUGUCUACUCCACGGACAAGGAUCACUGGGAAGGAAGUUUUCUUAAGACAACAGCUUCGUUUCGCAGGUUUUCCUGUAAAUACUGCUUAUUUAGAUAGUUUUUAAUAGAAUAUAUUUUCAUGAAACCGAGAUGACUGUGCCUUUUGCAAUAUUUUGAAGAACGUGCAGUUUUACUGAAGAGAAGGAAAGUGACAAUACUUUGGACUAACAUGAGAUCGAAGGUAAUUAAUUCGUUAUUGAAAUUAUGCUUCCACGUCUACUCUGUGUUAUAGUAUUUAGAGAGGAUAAAUAAAUCUUUGAGAAA